AUACAACUGCACCCCUGAGAAAAAUGGCACAGGGAGCUAUCGUGGGCCUUUCCUUGGCUAUCCUGAGUCUCCCAAGAUACAUCAUAGCCGCUAAUCUGACCUGUGUUUGUGAGCAGCCAGACUGCGAAAGCAGCAAUUGCACAGGGGAAGUGUGUUUUGAAAGCAAACAUCUGGAAGAAGGGGUCCUUGUUCACAAGAAAGGAUGCUUAAGGGAUCCCAAGAGCGUGUACUGCAAGGGCUCUGACACGGAUACCUAUGGCAUAAGGUGCUGCUGGGCCGACAUGUGUAAUGCGAAUUUCACCAUUCAGUUGCCAGGAACAGAGAAGCCGGGAGAGAUCCCAUCUCUUCAGAACCUCCUCCUGAUGACUUUGGUCCCACUGUUUGCUGUUUUGAUUCUUGCUGUGUUGCUGGGGCUCUCUGCAUGGAAGGUGGCCCAGAGUCGACGGAGACAGAUGCUGUUUGGGUCGGAUGAAUUGGGGGACCUGGACUUCAUGCUGAAGGCAUCAGCGGUUGGAGACAGUACCUUAGAUGACUUGCUGAAUGAUGACUGUACUACUGGGAGUGGCUCUGGGCUGCCUUUCCUUGUUCAAAGAACGGUGGCUCGGCAGAUCACCUUGGCUGAAUGCGUUGGCAAAGGACGCUAUGGGGAGGUAUGGCGUGGUAUAUGGCAUGGGGAGAACGUGGCUGUGAAGAUCUUCUCUUCCCGGGAUGAACAGUCGUGGUUCCGUGAGACACAGAUCUACAACACUGUGCUGCUGAGGCACGACAACAUCUUAGGAUUCAUUGCCUCGGACAUGACAUCCAGGAACUCAAGCACGCAGCUGUGGCUGAUCACCCACUACCAUGAACAUGGCUCCCUCUAUGACUACUUGCAGUACACAGCACUGGAUGUGGAGAACUGCCUGCGCUUGGCUGCCUCCAUCAUCUGCGGGCUUGUUCACCUACACGUGGAGAUCUUUGGCACCCAGGGCAAACCAGCCAUUGCUCACCGGGAUCUGAAGAGCAGGAACAUCCUGGUCAAGAGCAAUAAACAAUGCUGCAUUGCUGAUCUGGGUCUGGCAGUCAUGCAUUCCCAGAGCAACGACAACCUGGACAUUGGGAACAACCCACGGGUGGGCACCAAACGCUACAUGGCACCUGAGGUUUUAGAUGAACAGAUUCGUAUGGACUGCUUUGAAUCCUUCAAACGGACUGACAUCUGGGCAUAUGGCCUUGUCCUUUGGGAGCUAGCCCGAAGAACAGUUGUUAAUGGGAUUGUGGAAGAUUACAAGCCUCCUUUCUUUGACAUGGUGCCAAUCGACCCCAGCUUUGAAGAUAUGAAAAAAGUGGUUUGUGUUGACCAACAGACGCCCACCAUCCCAAAUCGGCUCUACUCUGACCCAACUUUGUCUGCCCUGGCUAAGAUCAUGAAGGAAUGUUGGUUCCAGAGCCCCUCAGCCAGACUUACAGCUUUGAGGAUUAAAAAGACACUGAAAAAGCUCAGCAAUUCGUUCGACAAACCCAAACAACACUCCAACUGCAGGGACACACUCUGGGACCAGAGAUCAAAUUUCUGACUCAUUGGCUCAGCAAAAAGUUCAAGGUCACCCCUUCAACUUCCAGGGCUGGACCUGGCCUCUGUCAAUGGCUGCAUCAAACCUUGUUUGAAAUCUGGCCAAGAGGAUUUGGGCUAGAGCCCCUGUGGCUGGGAUUGAUUCUUUGCAGGGGGGAAAUUCACAGAACAGAUGACCGCCAUGCAUUUUGCUUCAGGCAUCCUUCAUUCAUUUUCUCUAACAAAAAUGGGUAAAGAAAACCCGCCCACCUCUUCACGAACAUACAUUAAUAUAAAUACCCCCUGGAUCUGUAACCUGACGCCAGCCCGUCUCGUCUCGCCACCAACGCCUGAGCACAGCACUCUGCCCAAAGGGGGUGCUGCCUUGGAAACACCAAUUAAGGAUCAUUCAUAAGCCAGCUUUUAGAUUGUGCCUAUAGGAUCUGAGAGAGUGAGAGAGGGGUGGGGGGAGAGGGAGAGAUAUGCAGAGGCAUGUACUUGCAAGGCCGGGAUCAGAUUUUAGUGCACAUAUAUGCAAGCGUCAUGUGCCAGAGGUGUUUGGGAUUGGUAUGUGUAUAUUACAGCUGUUUGCACAUGGAAGAAUGUCUAGACAGACAGAAGCAUGCAAAUGAGGGGGAAAUCUCUCUUUAAGUCUGUGGUUUUCUGUGUGCAAGGAAUUUCUGUGCUUUCAAGACCACGUGGAGGGAUAUGCAUAUUUUCACUUAAACAUGAUCUCCCCUCUCACUUCUGCAAAAUCUUACAAAAUCGGCCUGGGGGUUUGAUGGAUUUGAUGUGGACAAUAACUUGAUUGCACUGCACAGUGUGUAUGAGCAGAUGAGCUAUGCUAAGUUGUUACAGCCUGGAAGAAUGCCCCCUCCUUUGCUAGAGCUGGCAUUAGGAUCCCAGAGACUCCCCUAUUAUAGCUGCUACAGAAGCCAAGACAGGUCAGAUAAGCAAGGGUGCUCCUACUUCCUGCCUGGCCUGCAGGAGACAUCCUAAUGCACCGUAUGUCUCUGCUUUGUGCUUGUAUGUACACAUACAGGUGAAUACUGGGAUAGCUGCUGGCAUUUGUUUAAAAUUCUUUCAGACUGUUCCAAUGCCAUCCAUCCAAAGAUGAACAGGAUUAAAUUGAGAUGUCCAACUUCUGUGAACUUCAGGGCUUCUCUGUUUGCCAGAUGGUGGAGAAAAGUGGCCAGAGGUAAUACCUACAUGUACUAGACCUAAGCAACACACAGGCCCUGUGCAGACACAAUGUUUUACCAUGGCUUAACAAUGACUAAAUAUCACAUCCGAAUGCCUAAGUGAUGGUUAAGGAUUGGCCGCAAACCAAGAUGUUAAACCAUGAGCUGCAGAGAUAUGUGGAUUUUAGCCAGGGCCAUCCCUAGGAGGACGUGGGGCUGGGGGCGAGUGGCACGCCCCUUCAGUAGCGCUCCUUCUUUGCUGCCACUGCCAGCACUCGCAGCACUAAAUUCAAUCACCUCCCUUAUUCUAGCAAUGAGAGCAGCAACCGAACUUCCCAGCACUGCACAAACUGUGGGAGAGGCACUCCCCACUCAUUUAGUAUCCAGCUCCCAUGGCACUGGAAAGUUCAGCUGCCUCUCUCCUCGCUUAAACAAGGAAAGAGGAAAACUUCCCAGCACCGUGUGACCUGCAUAUCCACUGAAAGGCGUGUGUGCACUCUUGAUGCCUAAUCAGGGUGCAUUUAGUAUCAUCUCACCUCUCAUUUAGUAUCGAGUUUGUGUGGAACUGGGAAGUUUGGUCCCCACUCUUAUCGCUAGAACAAGGGAGGCGACUGAACUCAUGAAUGCUGCACAUGUUAGAUAUUGAGAGGGCGAGAGAGAAUGUGUGGUGUGUUUGGGUCCGGCCACAGGGCCUGGCUAAGCUCAGGGCUCAGGACGGCCACCCCACCCAAAGGACGGGCCUGGUUUUAACCCUUUUGUAUCUGUGGAUAAUGAGGUCGGGUGUCAAUUAGACACUCGCGGAUGUGCAGAGCUGCAAAUAGCGAGGUCCACCUGUACUGACCUUUCCUGCAUUAGCUUACUCAGAAGUAUUUAUACCUGCACAUAGUAUACCUACGACAGGGCAACUGAGAAAACCUGAGUGAAUGACACAUGCUCUCGUUUCACAAAGAAGACUCAAAGUUGCUUAGACAUUUGUUUUGCACAGAAGUGAUGUGGUAUUUAUUAAAGUUGCACCCAAAAAGGCA